GGGGACACAACAAUGAGUUUCUCGGUGGUCUUGUUCCACAGUCCUCACUCUGCUGCAGUAACAACAAAAACCAUCUUCAGAAUCUCAUCAUCAUCAUCUUUCAGACCAAGAAGAAAUCUUUCUUCAUCUAAUGGUAUCUUCUCCACCAAUCAGUCUAAACCCUUAAUCAAAAAACUUCAAAUCAUCGAAACCCUAGCCGCCAGAGACACAAUCAUAGACUUCGGCAAACACAAGGGCAAAAUGCUUGGUACUUUGCCUUCUUCUUAUCUUAAAUGGGUCUCAAAGAAUCUUCGUGCAGGAGUUUUUGAGUAUUGGGCAAAGCUUGCUGAUGAAGUGCUCGAAGACGAUGUUUAUAAAGAUAGAACUGAGUGGGAAUUUGCAGAGAAAAUCCUCCAUGGAAGUGAUGAGAGCAUGAGAGCUUUAACUUCUGUAAGGAAGAGUAGAGAAGAGGUAAACUCUGUUUCGAUGUUGUUGGAGAUUAGUGAGAGAUUUGGUUGGGAUAAUGAAGAUAAGAUUGGUUGGAGCAAAAUCAAUUUUGAGCUUUUAGGGACAAGCAAAGGUGGUCGGAUUCCUAGGUUAAGGAAGGCGAACGAAGAAGAAGAAGAGAGAGGAGAAAUGGUAAGAAGAAGAGAGAUUAAGAAGAAGGAAGAAGAGGAAGAUGAGAAUGGAUGGAGGAGAAAACAGAGGAGAGAAAGGAUGAGACAGAGUCUUGGGAGAGAUGAUGGCAAGACAGUGAAUAGAAGUGAGCAGAAGGGUGUUUUGGGAAAGCUAGAAGAUGUAGAGAAGCAACUUGAGCCAAAGAUUCAAAGUCCUUUUCCUGGUCGUGAGAGUCUGUUGAAGAAAGUCAUGAACAAGAGAAGGUCUCAAUGAAAAGUUUCUUUGGGUUAAGAACAUUUCACAAAAGGAAGCAAAAAGCAAAUCCUUUUUGAGUUUGUGUAAUUGAAAAAUACAAACUUUGCUUUUAUAUGCUAAACUUGAAUCAAUCAAUCAAUUCAAAGAAACUUCCUAC